AUGACAGAUUCCGAAGUAAAUGUCGACGAGAACGGUAAACAAAAGUCCGGAAAUCUCGACGAAGACUGCGAGAAAGUCGUGUCGCAUGUUGCCUGCGUCACACUAGAGUCCGACUCACUCCCAGAAACUCCCAACAUGCCAAGGGCUUCAAGAAAGAAGAAGCGUCUAAUUCGUCGUCCACGCAGUUAUAAAAUGGAUGUUGAUCCUCAGCCAACUACCUCACAGAUCAAGCCAGAUAGUAGAAUGGAAUGGGAUGGAGCAGAGUCGUGUCUUUCUUCAACGAGCGAAAGUGACGAAGGAAAUACCGCUGCUGAUGCUGACGAUGAACAGAGUGACUGGGUCGGGUACGCCCCCUCCGUGACCGAGGGUGACUUUGAUCCACUAGAAGAGCGACGAGGUCGUCGAAUACAGCAAAAGUUGCAAAUGUCUCAGUUACAACGACGUCUGGAAAGAUUUGCGCUUGAAGGUGGCCGUGGAGAAAUGGGCAUUGAAUUUCGUAUCAAGGAUCGACCAAAUUCAAUUCAGUUUAACCGCAUGCUAUUACACUAUCGCCUGGAAGUUGUCAAACGUCAGCGUGGAACGGUAGUUAUCCGAAAGAAAAGUAAUCCGUGCAAUAAAGUCCCAGAAUACGAGUAA